GCGUGAGGCGGGGGCCGAGCCCGGAGCCGAACCCGAACCGAGCGUGAGGCGGGGGCUGAGCCCGGACCCGAACCCGGAGCCGAACCCGAACCGAGCGUGAGGCGGGGGCUGAGCCCGGACCCGAACCCGGAGCCGAACCCGAACCGAGCGUGAGACGGGGGCCGAGCCCGGACCCGGACCCGAACCCGACCCGAGCGUGAGGCGGGGGCUGAGCCCGAACCCGACCCGAGCGUGAGGCGGGGGCUGAGCCCGAACCCGACUCGAGCGUGAGGCGGGGGCCGAGCCCGAGCCCUAAGCGCGGCUGCCGGCGGGGCUGAGCCCGAACCGCGGUCCCGGGGGGCAGCGGGCGCUCGGCCCGCACGGCGGCUGCCGUUGUUCCCGCCGGCAGUUGCCGAGGGAGCACCGAGGACGCGCCGGGCCGGUGAGUGCGGGGGGGCUGCUCCUCCUGCGGGCGGGAGCUGCCGAGGGCGAUGUGGCGCCGAGCCCCGCGCGGGGCUGUGCCCGGCCCGGCAGCCGGCCUGCGGCGUGGCAACCCGAGAGGGGGUGUCAGACCCGCGGGGGCUCCUCCUCGCACCUCGGUGAAGAGACCGAGUGCCUCACGGCUUUAAUCAAAAGAGCCCUGAGAGGCGGCCUGGGUUGCAGCUUUGUACGUAGAAAGGCCGCUGGGCUCGAGCGGGAGUUGCGUUCCUGUGCCCGAAGAGGUCCCUGCCCAGACUGGGACCAGUGCUCAGAUCCAGCCUAAAACCAGUGCUCAGACCCUGCCCAGACUGAGACUAGUGCUCAGAUCCAGCCUAAAAACAAUGCUCAGACCCUGACUGGGACCACUCCCCGUGAGGCGAACGCCGCCUUCCCUCCCUGCUCCUUCCAGUCGUGUAAGGAUUCGUCAGAACUGGCGGAGCUGAAGAAAAGUUUGGAAGGCACUUGUAAAAUAUAUUAAAGUUUCAAUUGCAGCUGGAGAAUCAUUUCCUUUGGAGUUUGUUCCUGGUGGAUAAGCCAUGCCUGUGUCAGCUGAUGAACCUGGGGGGGACCCAGCUGGGAGAGAGCCAGGUCAAACUCCAGCUGGAACUGAAGGACCACAAGAACCGUCGGCUGCACAGAGCGUGAAAGCUCGACAGGCCGUGUCGCGCAUCAGCCGCGAGGAACUGGAGGACAGAUUCCUGCGGAUAAGCGACGACCACCUCCUGCUCAAGCAGCAUGCAAACAGGCAGGAGGAGAAAAUUAAAAGAAUGACCACCAAGUUAAUGAGGCUUGUUAAGGACAGAAGAAAAUCCGAGCAGGCAGGUGGUGGGCCCAGGAGGCUGGGCCAGGCCCUGGAGCUGGAGGAGAUGAUGGAGCAUUUGCAAGAAAGAGUUCGGGAGCUGGAGAAACAAAACGAGAACCUGCGCAACAAACUCAUUUCGACCAAGCAGCAGCUGCAGAUCCAGGGCCACAGGCCCUGUCCCUACAGCCACGUCCAGUCCCGCGUCAACUCCGGGCUCAGGAAAGUCAGCGAGGCUUCCGGCACGCCCGAGCACGCCAAGAAAGGAAUGAGACUUCAGAAUUUAGAAGUGAGAUCAUCUGACCUUGUGCUCCCAAAAUAUGGACAGAGUCUGCUUGAGGAUUCAAGGGCUGAAAUAAGAAAUUUGGAGGCUGUGAUUGACUCCCAGAGGAAACACAUUGAGGAACUAGAACAUGCCAGAGAGAUCCUCGUGGGUCAGCUGAGGAGGAAAGAAAAGGAGAUUGAAGACUCUCUCCUGAGGCUGAAAGAGCAAGGCACAGCAAGCCAAAGGCUAAACAUUCAGGACAACGUGGAAAUGAUCAAGGUCCGUAAACAGCUGGCUGAGAAAAGCAAUGCUCUUUCAGCUAUGGAAGGAAAAUUCCUCCAGCUUCAAGAGAACCUGAAGAAUUUGAGGACCAACCAUGAUGCUUUAUUAGCCAAAGGUGAUGAACUGAAUGCACAACUUAAAGAGGAAAGGUUAAAGUGCUUCCAUCUUCAGAAAGAAUUGCAAUCAGUAACUAUUUCAAACAGGAGGACAGAAGAGUUACAGGAAAGAAUAAAUUAUCUAGAAAAAGAGAAUGAGCUCUUGAAGGAAAACUAUGAUAAGCUGCAUAAUAGUGUCUUCAGCCUGCCCUACGACCAGCAGUGGAAAUCAAAGGAGCAGCAGCUGAAACUGCAGAUUGCCAAGCUAGAGACAGCUAUCAAGUCUGAUUUAGCAGACAAAAAUGAAAUCCUUGACAAGAUUAAAGUAGAAAGGGACCAAAAGGAAAAGCUGAUGCAAGACAACAAGGACCUGCAGUUAUGUUACCUGGAACAAAAGGAACAACUAGAUGAUCUGAAAAAUCAAGUGAAGUUUUUGACCAAGUUUCAGGAAGGUGAUGUUGAUGUGGCAGAACUCAAUGAAGCUCUCUUGCUUAUAAAGGAUCGAAAGCAGCAGAAGAACGGGGACCCUCUGUUUUUGGAAAAACCAGAAGAUGAGAUCCAUAAAGAUUCAGAACACUCCAUAAGGGAGCUGCAGUUAACACAUGCAGAAACAGUGCAAGAACUUGAAAAGACAAGGAAUAUGUUAAUUAUGCAGCACAAAAUUAGCAAAGAUUACCAGACUGAAGUAGAAACAAUGACUAAAAAGAUGGAAAGGAUACAGAAAGAGUACGAGUUCAAACUGGAACAGGAUGCCCACCUUCUUGAUAUCAGAGCUGCCCGGAUCAGAAAACUAGAAGCCCAACUAAGAGAUAUCGUCUACGAUGCAAAAUCACCUAAGUCCAGACCAGAAAUAUCACCAGGUGAUCCCAUGGAUGGAUUUGUUGAAACUAUUCAUUUAGAGAAGGGAGAGAACCUUCUUGAAAUUCAUAUCAGCAAAGUGAUCUUCUCUCCUGAAGCCAUGCACGCUUUCGGUGACCAGGAGCCCGCAACCUUCUGUACUUAUGCCUUCUAUGACUUUGAACUUCAGAUAAGCCCAGUAGUGCGUGGGGGUGCCCCGUGCUAUGACUUCACCUCUCAGUACCUGGUGCAGGCUGACGACACCUUCUGCCACUACCUCCAGCACAGCAGCGUCCCCCUGGAGCUGCACCGCGCCUGCGGCGUCGAGUACCAGACCCUCGCCGCCUGCCACCUCAGCUGCCAGCAGGUCCUGCACAGCAAUGGGAGGAUCUACAGCACAGCACAUUUAGUUGGAAAACCAGGACAUGUUCAGAAUUACGGUACCAUCGAAUACUGGGUCAGGUUACAAGUUCCUAUGGAUCAAGCCAUUAUUCCUUACAAACAGACAUCCAGUUUUAGGGAACAUGAACAACCAUCCCAGAAACCAACCCCCAGGCGGAGGCAGCGAGCAGCACAAGCAGACAGGAGAGUCUCUUUUCUGGAUCUCAGUACAAGACAGGGAGCACAUGUGGUGCAGGAGGUCAAACAGCCAUCAGAGGAUCAGGGGAAGGAGGUGGCUGAAGGAAUUCAACAGGGAAAAGAAGAGCUCUCCCAUCUCCCUGAGCAGCAGUUACCUGAGCAAACAUCAGCUCCUUCUGCAGAUGAGACAGAAGUCAUUGAAGAACUGGAACCAGAAGAUCAAGAUGAUAGACAAGAGGAUGAUGCUGUUGAAUCAAUAAAAACUGACAGUGAUGACUGUAUCAUUUCAAGUCCAGUAUCCACAAAUAUUAAACAGCUGAAUCAGAGUACAUAUGGCAAUUUGGAAGCGGAAAAAAUCCGGAUUAAAAUCACCUCCCUUGGUCUGAGUGAGUCCCGCAUUACCUCGGAUGACACAAUCCAGCAGCUGUUUGUGGAGUGCAGAUUAAACCAUUUCCUGGCAGAGGAGACCCCCCUGUCACUCCCCAAGCCCAGGGCUGGGCAGAGGAUUCACUAUAACUACAGCACUGUGAUAAAUGUGGAUAAGGCACAUAAUGGUGCAGAAAGAGAGUAUCUCAAGUCCAUUCUUCUGAAGGCAGAUCCACCUGCUGACAGCCUAAAAUUUACAGUGGUCAGUGAUCCCCCAGAAGACGAGCAGGACCUUGAGUGUGAGGACAUUGGUUUUGCUUAUGUCAGUUUGAAAGAGAUAUUCCAGAAGCAAAGAGAUAUCAUUGAGCAAGACAUUGAUGUUUUGGAUUGCCAGGACGGCCGUGCAGUGCUUGGAGAGCUGCGAGUGACCGUGGAGGCCCUGCAGGCCCUGCGCUCGGUGCUCGAGGAGUGAGCGGGGCACAGGGGCCUCUGCCUGCAGGAGUCCUGCUCCUGGUAUAGAGACAUGGUGAUGGUGCAGCAAAAAGCAGAUCUUUGUCAUUCUCACAGGAUAUUUACUAUAUCAUUUAUAUGGAAAGGAUGCCUGAUGUGCAGCUGUACAAUUUUGUAUGCUUCUCAGUCUGUUUUCUUGGUUUUAAGGUCCUUGCUGAAUCACAUAUCAACAGCUGAUGGUAUCAAGGUCUAACUCAGUCCUAGCAGUCUGUUUUCAAACCAAACCUGCUUGUCAAUGAUCAGAUACCAGCUGAGGGUACUUUGUCUGAAGAAAUAAGUGAUGGUGACCCUCCAAACAGAAAUGCUUGUAGGUUCUUACUCGGAGUAGUCCCAUGCCAUUCCUCUCUCAGGACAGGGGCAGGCUGCAGGAUUAGCUGCUCUCAGACCAUGGUGCUCAGGGCAGGGUGCAAACCUCCAAAUCUGGAGCCUGCUCAGCUCCCCUGGGCACCCUGUUCCAGUGCCUGACUGUCCUCAGAGUGAGAGCAAGGAGAUGCAUUUCUAAACAUGACUUCAGUCCCAAUCAAAGCCAGGGCUAGAUCUAAGCACGUGGGGCAGUUUUUGCACUUAAUGUACCAUCUAAUAACUUAAUUAUUUUUUUUUAAAUUCUGGAGAUGGCAUAAAUAUGACCAUGUUUGUCAUUUGUUUCAGCCAUUUAACAUUUUGCACAAAACCCAAAAUAACAAAGCAUUUUAGUGUUGAUUUUCCUGGUUUGCAGUAUGCCAUCAAGUUACCAUGCAGUUUUAUGAAGCAGUUGAUACAAAAUAGGUGUUAUUGUUACCAAUGUGGUUCGCUCAGAUAAUUUUUCUGUACAUUCCAGUGGUAAACAAUUUGUUAUGGUUUAUUCCUGGGUUGUUUGGGGUUUCUUUAUAUUAGACUUAGAUUAUUUUAAGACUAAGGAAACGAACCAAUAAAUCAAACAGAUCAGUCUUACACUGAAAUUAUCUUCCUAAGUUUCAUUCAUGAAUUCUUCACACAUUUUAGAUUUUCAAAGAUUUUCCCUGAGCUGUGAGAAACAGGGAUAUAAAUAUGUAACCUCUGUCCACACCCAUUCUAUGUAUCAAAAUAUCUGUUACUUCAGGGGUCCAGCAUCAACAGCUGCAAGACAGGCCUUGCACAUGAUCUAGCAAUGAUUUGUUUAACAUUUUUGUGGAUUUGGAAAACAACCUGUUUUCUGUUUAGACAAACUGUCAUUCUUGUUGAAUGCAAAAUUAUUUCCUUAUGUAUCAAAGUCACAAGAACUUGAAAAAAUGUUGGGAAAAUGUGGUCCUUCUACUACAAAAAAACUCAAUUUGAACCUUCUUUUGCUUGAAUGACUGUUAUCAACCAGUAGUUAUUCUGAUUACUGACUCAUAAACUUGCUGAUAGCCUUUGACUUCAGUUAUAAUGAACAACAGAAAGUGUUUUACCUUAUGUACAGGGCAAUUUUCCCAGAGAAAUUAAAGGUGACGCCAAUCAGCGUCUGACUCCAAACACACAGUACACGAACAGUAAAUAAAAAUCAGCAAACUUAAUAAAAGAACUUCAGAAAAUCCUUACAGGACAUCUUCCUACAUUUUGAAAACAUUCCUUAAUGUUCUUUGCUCUGCAGUAAGCAUUGUAGUAUACCAAAAUCAGACCCAUCUGGAAACUUGCCAACAGGUUGGUAAUGUCAGGGGUAUAAUUUAUAUCCCAGGUGAAAUACACAACAAUGGGUCUGUUUAUAACACAGUGUCAGAUGUGGAUCGUGCAUAGGGACUCAUUUUCCCCAACAAUUAGACAUGUAGGCUGCUGCCCUUGUUUUCUCAUUUGUCAAAACAGGGGUACAGGGCCUUUGUGCAGCAGUCAAGGGUGAAGCACAGGGAUGACUUUUUUUUCUUAUUAAUCUCACAGAGGCCUGCUAAACUGCAGAAAUGUUGCUAAUAAUUUUAACCUCUUCAGUAUUUGCGAAUUUCAUUUACACAGUACCCUUAAUAAACAGAACAUGUACCAUUCACAAACUCUACAAAAUGUAUGCUUCAGGUAUUAAGCAUGAAAUGUAGGGUUUUGCUGAGGUCCUUGGAUCUUUAUGGUGCUGGUUAAGUGUGAAGGGUGCAAGGACUAACUCAACAACUUCAGCUUUGCCUGUUGUUCACAAACAUUUUCGGGGUCCCCACACAGUGACUUCCAGAGCCCAACAGAGCCCAACCCCUGCUGACUGUGGUUAGAAUUGCACAAAAAGGGGGAAAGUACUGAACUGUUUCCUUUCUGAAAGGGGUUUUUGGGUACAGGAUUAUUGUUUAGUUGGUUUUGUGUUCUUUUGUUGUUCUGCCCAUACACAGAUAUCCUUUAACAAAGGGCUGUUAUUUUUUUCCUUCUCCACAA